AUGACGAGGAAGAAGAAGAACCAGAAGCAGGAAGUUCCUGAAGUAACUUCUCCAAAGAUUCCUGAAAUCGUGGAGGAUAUGCAGGGAGGUAGGAUUCUGGGAGGGUCUGCGUUGGAGAAGGUGCGAGAAAUGGUGAAGAAUGUGAAUGUUGUGUUUGGUUUGAGCAAUGGUUACUUUAAUAAUCCACAAGCCACCAAGUCGACUAUUGAUAAUCAAGGUUGGGUACUUAUAGGAGAUCUUGGGUACUUCGAUGAUGAAGGGCAACUUUAUGUGGUUGACAGGCUGAAAGAGCUCAUCAAAUACAAGGGUUUUCAGGUAUUUUCAAGAACACCGCCUUAUUCACCGGAGAAAUUACCAAGUUUAAAGACAUUUGGGCCGAUUACUUUAUGA